AUGCUUAUGAUAUAAAUAUUUUAUCUUUUCUAUCUAGCAUUGAGCCAAGAGGAUGGUAAGCCAAAACAGUAUUUGACUUUGGGGGAAUCAGUGCAAGGGUAAUAAAAAGCAAUAAUUUAGAUUUGUUUCACCAAGAACACAGAAUCAUCAGGUUUAUUUAUUCAAUGUUCCUGAAUUAAAAAAUCAAACAGAUCUUGUACUUCAACUUAAGACUUUGAAUCCUAAUUCCGAUCCUAACUUAUACAUUUCAAAGAGAGUGCAAGAACCAUUGUCGGUUGAGGAUGCUGACGUACAAGCAUGCGAAGCUUAAGGAAUGGGUAAAAUUUACAUUCAUAUAAGAUAUCUGUGUAAUAAACAAUGAAAAGAUUAUGGAAAAUGACAUCUUAUACAUUUCUGUAGUUUCUCGUUUUCCCAGCAGAUACAUAUUAAGAAUAGAAUUAGAUUAGGAAUAAAUACUUAAGUUAGAUGGUUUCUUAACUUUUAAAUUGACAAACGAAAAAUAAUCGUAAAUCAUAGAUUUUAUGCUGCCUGAAUUGAUUCCAGAAGAAACAGAGAUUGAGAUAAAUGUUCAAAUGGUGAAUUAGGAAUAUCUAGAAGAACCAUUUUAAGUUUUCAUGAAUAAAUAAGAGAAUGGGAUUCCAACCAAUAGUAAGUAUGAUUUUAAAGCUAUUGAUACAUGGGAGAAUUAAAAAGUCAUUGAAUUUAUUUAACAAAAGCCAUUUGAGUAGUAUAAAAUCCUAAUUCAAGGAGAAUAGGGAGCAGUUAUGAGAGUGUCUGCAACUAAGAGUGAAAAAUUGAAAUAGUUGAACAUCUAUGAAACAAUCGUAUAAGUAGUUGAAAAGGGAGAUUUUGAUUUCUAUCAAGUUCAAAUUACGCAUGACCAGAAAUGCGAUCUAGUAUAUUAUUGAUUUUAUUAUUUGCUUAGGGGGUUCGAUUGACUCCAUUUAAAGGUUAUGCAAAAUUGUAUGUUCACUAUAACAAAUAGCCACCUCUGUUAGAGAGUUAUGAAUGGUAAGAGGAAAAUAAAAAUGGCGAGAUUAUACUCAUCACUUAAUAGGAAUUGAAGAAUAAAAACAUCACGUUAAACAAUUUGUACUUGGCUGUGAUGGGUGAGGAGUUAUGUACAUAUGAAUUAUAACUAACAUGUGUAUUCGAAAGAUCUAUUUUGCCUGGCAUCAAUUAUUAGAAGAUUGUAUCAGAUUCAUAAAUCACCAUUGUGGAUAUAUUUGAUUAUAGAAAUGAAGGUCAUUAUUUUUAACUUAACUUACACACUCACCAGGGAAUCAUAAAUUUUCUAACUACUUCAUGUAUAGAUUAAUCCAUCUGUCCUUAAACUGAAGAAUUAUUCACGAACUAAGACAAAUAUGAACAGAUGACUGAAUAUACUAUGUUAUAUUCAAAUAGAAGAAAGGAAGCAUAGUAUUUGUUAAAUUGUGAUGGCAUGUGUGGAUUUAUUGUCUUAGCUAUGCUUGAUAAGAGUAGUACAUAAAGUGGUAAGUUUACGAUCCAAUACAAAGUAAUUGAAAAAACGAUGAUUUUAAUUUAAAAUACCCCACAUAAAUCUUAGGUGGAAAAGGACAAUUAUUAAUACUACAAAUUUUUCGUAUCUGAAAAUGAGUAAAUGCAGAGAUUGCAUUUUUUAGUCACUCCAAUAUAAGGAGACGUGACUAUGUAUAUAUCGACUACUUAUCAACAACCUAAUGAGCAGCAUCACGAAUACAACUCCUAAAAUAAUUCAAUUAAUUUUGGAGGUAGAUUUGGUAAUUAGCCUUAACCAGGAACCUAUUACCUAUCAAUUUAUGGCCAAUCAUUCUCAAAGUUUAUAAUAACAGUUUGGGUCAUCAAAAAUUUCUAGGACUUUUAGUAAUUUGGAAAAUUCCCGUGGCAUUAUAUUUAAUUGUAUUAAGGUGAUUAACAACAACAUUCGCUAGUUGAUGAAGAAUUUGUGUUGUAUAAAAUAGAUUUGAAAGGGUAUGAUCAGAAUAAAAGGGAUUCUUUGAAUGUGAUAUUGUAAAAGGAGUAUGGAUAGUUUAGGAUAUUUGGAUUUGAUCGACCUGAAACAAAUGAAACGUUAGCAAUAUGGGAGAGUGGGCAAAUCAUUAGUAUUUAAUUUAAUGAUGCUAAUUAUCCAGAGAUACUCUAUUUGAAGAUUAGAUUGGAACAAGCAUAUAGUCAAUAUGGUAGUUUUAGGAUUGCUUAUUAUUAAUAAAACUACUUGAUUGAUAUAUUUUAGGAUGAACCCUUUUUUAAUUUCUUAACUGGAAAUUAUAUAUAAGGUUUCGGAUAUUUGUAGAGCAAUACAGAAUCUUUUGUGAUUACAAAAAGAAUUUAUGACUUCGAUCAGUCCACCUUAGAAAUCAGUAUCAUGCCCUAGCAUGGUUUGGAUAUAAGAUAUUCUAAAAAUAAUAGUACCAUCAUUGUUUCCCAAAAUCAAGAAUAUUAUUGUUAGGUUGUUUCAGCAACAUGUAACGAAUAUUUUUAUUUCUCUUUGACAAGCAAAUUCGAUGCCUUUUAUACAAUAUUAAUCUCAAAAAUUGACAAGUCGAAAAUUCAACUUGUAGAGGAUUAACCGAUUACAAAAGCAUUACCAAUAGGAGAGGAUUACUUCUAUAUUUAUUGUUUAGAAUAAGAGGUUAAUAUAUUAGCCUUCACUUAUUUUGGAGAUUUAAAGUUAUAUGCUAAGGUAGUUACAACUCUUGAUUCACCUGAACCUAAUGAAAGUCUUAAUGAUAAGAUUUCGAAAUAACAUAAAGUUUAAUCUUAAGUUUCAAUUUACUUCUCUUAAAGCGAACUGCACGAUCUUAAUUGUAGAGACAAAUGUAUUAUCAAAAUAACAGCCAUUGUAAAUAAGGAUGACUUGAAGGAUGCAAAUAACAAUAUAUUUGACUACACAAUUCAAUUUAAUUCAAAACUCAUUAUGUUAAGGGAAUCAGAAAUCCAAUCUGGAUAGCUCAUAAGAAACGAAUAUAAAUACUAUAAAAUUCAUGUUCCAAGAAACAAUACAAAUUUGAUGAUCAUGCUCAAACCAGAUAUCUUUUGUGAUGCUGACCUAUUUGUGUCGAAAUCCAAAUUCCCUGAUAUUGGUAACUUUGAUUGGGGAUCCUAUGAACUAUAGAGCGAUGUCCUUAUAAUCGAACCUGGCAAUAUUGUCGAUCCUGAUCUAAGGGGAGACUAUUAGUAAUCUAUUCAUUUUAUUAUUUAGUGUCGGAGUUCAUAGUUACGCAGAUUGCUAAUAUGUAAUUCAGUAUCAUCUACAAAAUGUGGAAGUUUAUGACAUCCUCUAAAAUCAACCAUAUAAAUUGUAAUUGUUAUGUAUUAUAAUAGCUUUGUUGAUUCUGAAUUCACAGUCUUCUUGAAAUUGCAAACCUUUGGGUUGGAAACACCAUUUACGAUCUUUGUUUAAUCUCACUCUGAAACAGCUUAUUUCUAUGUAGAUGAGACAGACCUAGAAUCAGCAAAAUUCAGUUCUAUAAGUCAAAAUCUUCCUUUAUUUAAAUACAAUAAUUUCGGAAUGGGGUAUUAAAAAAGUUUUAAGACUGAACCUUUAAAAAUGUUUAACAUUUUAGUAAUAGCACUUAAGACUUAUACGUCUGAGAUUGUUACUGUAUAGAUCAAUAAUGAUGAAACUGACAUAUAUUUGGAAUCUCAAACUCUAUUCUAAUAUUCCCUUGAAAAAGGCAAAUCAGUUACAUUUACUCUAAAUCCAAAUAGUGUAAGUACUGCAAUUUAAAUUUACGUAUAUAGUGGCUCAAUGGUUUGUUCUUAUUAUUAUGAAAAAUUCUAUGAAGUUCAAAAUUUUACUACUUUAAUUUUGCUCGAUAUUCGACCAGACAAUUACAAGAAUAUAUUUAAUCUCACUAAUUAAGAAAGUUCCUACUUGAAGCUUAAUUUUGAAGCCAUAUAGAGCUCUUACUUUAGUAUUUUGUAUUUUACAGAAAUUGAGGAGAUGAAUAAAAUCUAGUAAAUUUAUUACAUAAUCUAGUUCAAUUUAUCCUGUUUUUGUUUCACUCAAAGCCUAGAGUGAAAGAGAGUAUUAUUACAUGAAUUAUGAAUUUUCUCCAUCCUUAGAUCAAACAAAAACAUUUUCAAUAUCAGUUUAAGUUUAGGAAUUUCAUGAUUACUUACAUAGCAUUUCAAAGCACAGAUCUGUACCAAUAAUUAAAGUCUAUAGCAAUUCCUCACAACUUCAAAUACUGCCCAUAAAGUAGACAAUAUUAUCCAAUUUGAUUCAAAAUGAAUACUUCUAAAUUGAUAAUGUUUAUAGGAUUGUGCUGUAAAGUUAAUCACAAAUGGACCAACACUACUAAAUUUAAGUUGGAACUUCAGAUCUCAGGCCUUUAGUACCAAAAAUUAAAUAACUUAGACAAAAUGAAUUGCAUCAAAGUUCAUAUUGGGCUGUGUAAUAGAAUUUUAUGUAUCUCUUUUACGAAUUGUAAUUUUGUAAUGGAAUCUUUUCUGUUUUUACUGGAAAAGACUAUGAGUCCUUAAAAUAAGGUCAAUAUGAUUAGAAAAUAGACAUCAGGUAAAAUAAACAAGUAUUUGGAUUCUUGGAAAAAAUGUAGAAUGUGGAUAUGACAUUUUUGAAGUUUGAUCUCAUCAAGACUCUGAAUAAUUAAAUACCUAAUGCCUAGUAUACAAUAAGAGUCUUUUAUGUAGAUGAAAAAGAGGAAGUCCCUUAUGAUUUAUUCUUCCCAGGAUUUUAAGGAUACCUAACACCUAGGCUUUUGGACUCUUUUGAUGAUACUACAACUCUAAUUAUUGAAUUCGCCCCAAUGCAACUCAAUACUAAAGAUAUUAAAGAUCCAUUUUUUGAGUUGAAACAAAUUGAAUACUUUGUCAUAUUACAAGAAAAAAACGUGGGCGAUGAUUUAGCUCUUGAUUUUUGUUCGGAUCCAUCCAAUUAAUACCCUAUCGUUCAAAACUUAACGAGUAAUGAAACAUCAUUAUCGGCCUUUGUGACAUUGCAUAAUGCUAAAUUCCAAUAAUAGAGAGCCUUGGUGUUUAAUAUUUUAGCGACUGGUAUUAUUUGUUAUGUAAUAAAUUAUAGUGAAUGUUUAAUUGUAUAAAGAUGACCAAUCGAUUUAAUUAGACUACUAUUAUGAAACCAAUUCAAUUAGAUGGAAUCCUAAAUUGGAAUAAAUUUAGCAGACAAUAUCAAUUAACUUUUAAUGGCUUGGAGUUUGCAUAGUCAUUAUCAUCUUGAUUAUUGCUCUAAUUGUAUUUGUCAAAAAGAGAAAAUCAUAGAACAUGUAAAAUUUAAAUUUUAUAAUAAGCGAAAAAUAUGAGAAUAAGGGGAUCAGCAAUUACUCAACUGAGGGAAUUGAAAUGCAUUAUCGUGGAUUGAAUGAAUGA